ACCACUGUGCAUAAUAUCGGGACUGGUCUGUGUCCGAAUGGUUCUGCAAUGGCUUGUGAAAAUGAAACUAUUUGAGCGGCAAAGAAGGUUACUCCUUAAACUAUCUUGCGUAUCUUCGAGGGUGCGUGCAUAUAUGCCAGGCCCGCUGAAUUGUCAACUGUACCUGUAUAUGUAAAGCCAACAGCAUUAUUCUAAUAUAGAAGAAAUUUGAGAGCGAGCGCAGUUAUUUGCAGCGCCACCACCCGGGAUUGAACAAAAACGUAAAGUAUGGCGUCCGAAAUUUUCGCGAAGACGAGAUCAAAACAAGAUUUCACAUUUUACAUUACUUUUUGUAGCAAUACGUAGCAACAGAAGCUAGUUUAAAGAAAGAAAGUAAAAAACCAGCACAUAUGCAGCUAUAAAAGGUGACACUAAGAAUAAAAGCCCACCAUCUACAUCUGCGAUUCGAACCCGGGCCUUUUGAGUGGGAAGCGGCCAUUCUACCCCUGCACCACUUUGCCAGAGCCGCGCGCAACUCUUAAACGACGACACAUUACAGACUACCGAUCGCAGCGCUGCAGGUGGAUUGACCCUGUUUGGGCUUCACUUUCUGUGCAUUGGUGCUGCGGCCGUUCAGCGCACUCCCCUGUUCUAGUACACUCUAGUUCAGGUGUCCACCGGUAAGCCAAGCCUAGGCUAGCGAUUGAGAAAGUGAUGCGAACGGGGCCCAAUUCUACUCUUGAAGGCGAAAGUCAAGCGUCCUCAAAGUUUAUAUUCUCCUGAUACUUUCUCGGUUUGUUUACUGUAUGUCUCUUUUAGCAAAUCUUUUUUUCCUUUUUUUCGGUUCAUUCGCUACCUUGGUGUUCCUCCCGCUGUUUCAACAACAAGCUUAUCGUUCGUCUUCGUUUGUUUGGAACCACAUGCGAGGACUAACGUUCAUUUGUAGCGCUUUCUGUUUCAUGUUUUACGCAGAAACAUUUCGCUCAACAACUAUACCGUUCGUUUCCUCUCGCUGCAUAUUCCCUGGCCGAUCUACAAUAGUGGGUAUGGGCCAUUCCCAAGGCGAACAUCACUGUAAUCAUGACACGCUAGGACGCUGCCGCGGAAAGCCUGGUUAGUCCCUCAGUGCAGCAAUAACAUUUCUAUUGGAACGUCACAGUGGAGCAGUGCGCACUGUUCUACCGAGUUUCACCCCAAAGGCAAUGUUAUUCAAGCUUGUGCUCCGUAUGAACAAUCCACGCUUCAAGUCGCCACCUUAUUGACCCGCUUUGAAGCGGCCGCUUUAGGGAAAUCUUCGAAGAUGAUCGCCUUUGAGCCCAAGCCAGUUUGCUCGUCGGCCAACAUGAGCAUGGAAGCCUGGCAAAGCCCAGAUUGGGAAGACAGUUCAUGGAAUAUCGGCGCACUCGGAGGCUUCACCGACUACCUACGGCACUUCCAACUCCAAGAUGAGAUACUGCACGCUCCGCGAGGUAUCUCAAAGCAGGUGAUAUGGAAGACAAUGCUUCUGGGCUACGCAUUGGCGAUUACCACCGCUCGCAUCACAGCGGUCACGCUCAGCAGGCGACGGGUCAUUCUGGCAGCUGUGCUUCUUGCAAUCACGUAUCCAGCCACGAGUUCACAUCUGCAGAGCUUGAGCUCACAGACUCUCUACGGAGCCAUCUUGGUCUCAAUCUUGGAAGUGACUUGCGUGGCAAGACUGCUGAGCUUGAAGCCGUUUGGCCCUGUAGCCGCCGCGACCGGUGCCCUUCUACGCCUUGUGACAGCUUUGGCACCGCCGGUUAUCAAACAGUCAGCCUCCGUGAGUUUAAGAUGGCAGCUACCGAACGUGUGUCUCCUGGCACCAGCUGUGUUUCUCCUGCUUUUCGUCUACGUCAUGACCAAGUCACACUGCAGUUUUUGCUUACAGCAGAUGGAAUAUAUACCGUAUUCGCUACGUCUGAAACACGCACAAAAUUGUGCAAGGUUGACUAUAACAUCAACGUGACAGACACGCAAGUGUACUUCAACAGGAACUACACUCCAGGUCAAGGAGGGCCAUAUGUAGAGAGUCUUGUGGGAACGUUUUUUGGUAAACAAGAUGAUCCAACUACAAUGCUGCUGAGGACAACAGAUGGUGCUGAGAGAGGUGCAGAGCAGUUGGUGUACCAAGAUGAUGAACACAAGUGCGGAAUAUUUUUUGCGGUACUGAAACGAACGUACGCCGGCCGUGAAGUGGUAUGACAGCUGUGAACUACGUGUAAAGUCGGGUCACUCUCCCCCAGCAACUACCGACGACUGCGUAGAGAAGUUCAUCACAAUAUGCGACCCAGAACGCACCGUAACGUACACUGUGUGGCCAACAUUAUGCAUCUACAUUGUUUCUAGCCCAACAGGAGUCAAAUCGACAGCUAAAAGCCGUUAUCUUAGACAGUUGUACAGACUUGUGACAACAAAAUAAAAUUUUU